UCCUUGAUAGCAGAAUCUCCAGUUAGCAGCUGGCUGCUUCCAGCUCAUCAUACAAAAUCAGCCUGUGCGUUUGACAUCGACCCCCACCGCCCUUACAUCAUUCGCCUGGCCUUCUCCUCGUCUUCCAGACUAAAAGACCUUUAAGACCAAGACUGCCCUGUUAUCUCUAGUCCCAGUUCUAGGACCUGACACAUGCCAUUUAAAGUUUUGGCAACUGAAACUAUAAGUCACAAGGCGUUAGACGCAGAUAUAUACAGUGCAAUUCCAACAGAAAAAGUGGAUGGAACAUGUUGUUAUGUUACUACCUACAAAGGUCAGCCGUACCUUUGGGCUCGGCUAGACAGAAAACCUAACAAACUAGCUGAGAAAAGAUUUAAAAAUUUUCUACAUUCAAAACAAAACUCAAAAGAAUUUUUUUGGAAUGUUGAGGAGGACUUCAAACCUGUUCCAGAGUGCUGGAUACCAGCGAAGGAAAUAGAACAAUUAAAUGGGAAUCCAAUGCCUGACGAAAAUGGACACAUUCCUGGUUGGGUACCAGUAGAGAAAAAUAAUAAACAGUAUUGCUGGCAUUCCUCUGUAGUUAAUUAUGAAUUUGAACUUGCCCUGGUACUGAAGCAUCAUCCUGAUGAUCCUGGUCUUUUGGAAAUUAGCACAGUGCCACUGUCAGAUCUCUUAGAGCAAACAUUGGAGCUUAUAGGAACAAAUAUUAAUGGAAACCCCUAUGGGUUAGGAAGCAAGAAGCAUCCAUUACAUCUUCUUAUACCACAUGGAGCAUUUCAAAUAAGGAAUCUGCCUUCCUUGAAGCACAAUGAUCUGUUGUCCUGGUUUGAAGGUUGCAGAGAGGGUAAAAUUGAAGGAAUAGUAUGGCAUUGCAAUGAUGGCUGUUUAAUCAAGGUCCAUCGCCAUCAUCUUGGUUUACGCUGGCCAAUUCUAGAUACUUAUAUGAACUCAAAACCGGUUAUUAUCAACAUGAACCUGAACAAAUAUGACUAUGCCUUUGAUACUAAGUGUUUGUUUAAUCAUUUUUUAAAAAUAGAUAAUCAGAAAUUUGGUAGGCUCAAAGAUAUAAUACUAGAUGUAUAAACU